AUGUAAUAGGUUUAAGAGGCAGUUGCUUAAAAUUAAGAUCCUUAGAAAAGUCUUCAAGAAUAAAUUGAGAAUUUGCAGGUGUUUAAUCAUAAUUGCGUACAGUAAAUAGCACAAUUAAAAAUAAAAGUUUGUCAUCUUGAAAAAGAGACAUAAAAUCUGGAGAAUCAGAAAUAAAUCAUAAUUAGUGGUUGUCAGGGGUAAUUAGGUUAACUUGAGUCAAAGACGGAAUAGAAAUUAGCGGCGCAGGCAAGUAUAUAUUAGGUGACUAUAUCGGAAUUAAAUAAUUAGAUUAAACGAUUAAAUACUAUGAUUGUAGAGGCUGAAAAAAAUUCAGAGCAAAUAAUAAGGGAGAAGGAUAGUACGAUUGAAAAAUAAUGGAAUAUUAUUAAAUUAAUGGGAAAAAGUUUGCAAAUAAAUAGUUCGAUUGAAUAGAAUUAGUAUUCAAAUAGCAUAGCAUAAUCUAAUUAAAAAAAGUGUUAGACUUCUAAUUUAAUGAUAACUGAAGAAUAAAACGGGUAUAAGGUUAAUUAAAAUUAAUCUAUUACUAAUGAUGAACAAAUGCUUUAAAUUAUAGAACAUUUUUAAGCAUAGAAUAAGCACUUGAAAUAAGAAUUCGAUAGCUUUCUAAUAAAGAACGAGAAUUUAAAAAAAUUAUCUAAUCAUAUUAAGGAUUAAUAGAAGGUCAUAUAUGAGAAAAAUGAAAUCUUUGCAAAUAUUGCUAGUUAUGUAGAAAAGCUAAAGAAAAAUUAACAAAAUAAGGAAUAGUUUGAUGAAUUGUUUAAAAUUUAAGAACUUACUAUUUUAGGGAGGAAAGAAAAUGGUUUGAAUAAAUUGUUUAAUUGUUGUGAUGGAUAAUAUGAAAUUGUAUAUUGUCAAUCCAGGAAAUGUGUGUAUCAUAUUAAUUGCCUAUAUGAUAAAGUAAUAAAAUAAGGAUAAAUAACUAUGAAUAAUUGCGAUUGUGAUUAACCAUUUCCUUAUUAACUUUUAAGAAGGAUGAACUUUGUUGAAGCAAAAUGUUUAUUGGAAAAAAUUUUGGAAGGCCAGCAAAUAAAAUUAUUAACUGAAAUUGUAAAGAGUCAAAAACUUCUAGUUUACAAAUGUCCCAACCUAUUUUGUAGCUUUGAAUGGUGCUUUAAACCAAAUAGUGAAAGUCUAAACACUGGAUCUGUAUCCUAUUGUCCAAAUUGUUAGAUGAUCGUUUAAUCUGAGGUAAAGGUAGAAUGA